AUUGGUAUAGAAUACUCUACUCCACGAGUAACAAGUCUUUAUUAGAUGUGAUUUAUAAUUUAUUUAUUAGACACUUAAGAUUGAGUAAAAAGCAACGUACAAUUGCUCCCGCAAGUAUCAAGCUAUAUAUAUGUAUAUAUCAUAGUGCCAACCAGGGCGCGUUAAAGAUAAUACGGAAAGGCCUUAGAUGUUCUUUAGCAUCAAUAAAACAGCCGGCAAUUCAAAUCAGUCCACGUUUUCGAUAUGAUCUGAUUUCACAUGAAUAACAAUCAAUAAUAGCUAUUAGAGUAUUUUUGAAAGCUUUCCACAUUGACAAAAAACUAUGAUAAGACGCGGAAUAAGAUGAUAAGAGUCUCGUGUUCGUUCUGUUGAUUAAGAGUGAUGACGCUUAUGCCAGAUCCUACACCUGUUUUUUUGUAACACACAUUCAUCGAACACUUUAUUUAGUGGUUGAAACUUGCUACGGAAACAACCAAAAUUGAUAGAAAAUGGACGAUUUCUUUAAAACCAACUACGAUCCCAUUCAACGCAUCUGGAGUGGAGGGAAACCCGCGCCCAUGUACGACUUUGAUUGUUCAGUUGGUCGAAUAAUUCACAAUAAUCUCAGAAACAAUCCCAAAAACGUUUGCCAGAUAUGCCUUGCGGAUGGAAAAACUGCAACAAACCAGGAUAUAUUUAGUUGGUCCGUGCGACUUGCACAGAAUUUCAAGCAGCGUGGACUACGCCACGACGACGUCAUCUGCAUUUCGGCCAAGAAUAGCACCUAUGUCACACCUGCCGCUGUGGCUUGCCUCUUCAAUGCCACGCCCUUUCACGCAGUCAAUCCCACUUUAGAUAUCAAUACGCUUAAGCACGUUCUGACAAUAACCCAGCCCAAGUUAAUCUUCUGCGAUGCCGUCGACUUUGAGAAGCUAAAAACCGCGAGUGCAGCCUGGACACCUGAACUGAUAACAGUCACAGGUAAAGUGGAGGGCGUGACGUAUAUAGAGGAACUGCUCACGCCGACGAAUACUGAAAUGUUCUAUCAACCACAAUUGCUGCAUUUGGGCGGUGACCAGACUAUGGCCAUAUUGUGUUCGUCUGGAACUACAGCACAGCCCAAAGCUGUUUGCAUAGCAAACUCCAUGUUGACGGUUGGCAAUCCCUUCGUUAACAGCGAAUUGGUGAUCUACUGCGGCUCCAGCUUAGACUGGUACACGGGUGUUUUAAACUUUUUGUACAGCGUAGCGGAGGGCUGUACACGCGUCAUAGCCGAUAAGCCCUACAGUGCUGAGUAUUUGUUAGAGCUAAUUGAUAAGUACAAGAUCAAUAUCAUAAGUUGUGCGCCUCGUCACGCAAGCGAAUUGCUCGCGUGUCCUCAGGCCACAGCCGCACGAUUGGCAACGGUGUUUGUAUUGGCAGUCGGGGGUGGUUGGAUACCCCCCGUGACACUACAGAAGCUGAAAAAUAUACUUAAAAACGGAAAUAUCUAUUUUGGAUAUGGUGCCACGGAAUUUGGAGCAGUUUCUGCCGGUCCUUAUAUUGAGAAGUUUGGUAACACAGUGGGAAGGCUUGUGUCCGGAGUUAAGGCUCGCAUUGUCGAUGAAAACGGAAAGAAUCUUUGCCACGGAGAAGUUGGAGAAGUUUAUGUGCACAGUGGCCGCAAGUGGAGCGGCUACUACGGUAACCCACUGGAAACCCAGCGCAUGCAGGACUCUCUGGGCUGGUUCCAUUCGGGGGAUUUGGGCUACUUUGAUGAACACAAUAACCUGUAUAUCGUGGACCGCAAAAAGGAAAUAUUCAAAUGCCUGGGAAUGCAGUACGGGCCUAGUGAGAUCGAGGCCGUCAUUGCUGAGCUACCCGAUGUACAUGCAGUGUGUGUGGUGGGCCUUUAUGAUGAGAAAUACGGUGACGCACCUGCUGCCAUGGUCGUAAAACGACCUGGCAGCACCUUGAGCGCAGCCCAGAUCAAAGAGCAUGUGGCCAAGCGGUUGGUGGUCGAGUUUAAGCAAUUGCAUAGAGGCGUUUACUUCGUGGAUGAGUUGCCCCAUAAUGCCAAUGGCAAGGUGCUGCGUCGAACAGUCAAAGAGAAGCUUACACAAUCUAAUUUUAAUCAUUUGUAAAGCUGUUAUUUGUUUAGAUAUUAAUGUAUAUUAGGAUUUACUACACACGAGUGGGAAAAGAAAAAGUAACUUUUGUUUGCCAGCUAAAACAUGAAA